AGAUAAUAAAGUGUUCCCACCUAAAUAUGAAACUCAAAAACCACCACAUAAACAAAAUCACACCUUAUCCCAUUAGGAGUGAAAGAGAAUCAACCUAAUUAGUAAUCAUGAGGAAACAAACAAUAUGACCAUUUCUUCUCUUCUUCUUCCUCCUCCUCCUCCCCCUUUCAUCAAUUACAAUAACAAUAAUAAUAAUAUCAAUGGCAAGUCUAUUUCCAUUCAUCAACCUCAUCGAUUUUCAUUCCGAGUUAUCAAUGAUUCGAAUAGAACAGAGUUAGCUACUGAAGAUGCAAUAGCAGAUAAGCUGAUAGAUGGAAUGGAUUUUGGGGAAUUGUGCGAUGAAUUUGAAUGCAUUAGUAGCCCUUCUGUGGAAGCUACUGCUAGGCAGCUUGUUCGAGAUAUUCUCGAACUACGUGAAGGCAAUCGUGCCCUCGGUACCUUUGCUGUCUCUGUCAAGUAUAAGGAUCCAGUGAGAAGUUUUACAGGACGAGACAAGUACAAGAGACCAUUAUGGAUAACUGAUGCACUGCAGAAUCCUAAAACGAGUGUGCAAGAAAUGGUGAUGUUAUCAACAAGUGUGUUGAAUAUUAAGUGGACAAUAAAAGGAAAAGCAAAGUCAUUGAUUGCUAGCAUAGGAGGGGAUUUGAUCAUCAAAGUAAAUUCAAGAUUCACUUUGAAUCAAAUCAGUGGACAAGUAGUUGAGCAUGAAGAGCAAUGGGAUUUAUCAGGAUCAUCCAUCAUUGCUCAAACUUAUUUCUGGGCAUCGCGACGACUAUUCGCCACUGUUGAAGCUGGAAAAGAUGUAGCUGAUUUUGUGAAAGACUUGAGUUCUAAAUCUGCUAAAGAGAAUAAAAACAUGGAUGUUUAUCCUGACCCUUAUGGUGAUCCAGCAAAGACAAAAACUGUGUACUUGUAUGAGGAUGCAGUUCUUUCAAAGGGAUGACAGCUUCCAGAGAGAUUUUUACCAAAUUGCAUUGCUGCUGGCAGUUAUAUAUUUUGUCGUACAGUUCUUGAGGGCAACUUUAUGAGACUCAUAAUUUUAAGUUGAUAUAACAUUUGUAUAAUUGUAAUUAUUAAAUUCAUGUUUCUAUAUUGAUACAUAUACAUACUUUGGGGAAUAUAUAUCACUUCAAAUUUUAUUUCCUU